AUGGGACACAUUGUAUACGUCGCGAAUGGACGUGACCAAGGGCCGGUGAUAGGUCGAGUCAGCAUGGCCAUGUACACAAUGGCUGUGGCGUUUGUGGCUCUUCGAUGCUUCACUCGUGGAUAUAUAGUCAAGAAAUUUGGCUUAGACGACCUCUUUAUCGCCAUCGCCGUCACCCUCGGAGCCGCACAAACAGUCACCAUCAUAUUACAGAUCGAACAUGGACAGGGACGACAUGCCUCGGAGCUACACGUUGAGCAGUUCGACGAGAUGCUCAUGUACCAAUGGAUCAAUAUGCUAAUCUACUUUGUGGCAAAUUGGGCUGUCAAGAUGAGCAUUCUAGCUCUGUACUACCGGAUUGGGUAUGGAAAACAGGGCUUGCCAUGGAUCGUACAGUCACCUGCUGUAUGGACAGUAGCCGCUUUUAUGACUGCAUUCAGUUUCUCUGUCUUUCUCACUCAACUAUUCAUCUGCACUCCAGUAUCUCGUGUCUGGGACAUCGAGGCUCAACCCGAUGGAUGCAUCAAUGCCGCCAUGUUCAUGGUCAUCUCGGGUGCCAUCAAUGUCGUUACCGAUAUCGUCUUAUUGAUCUUCCCGUUGCCCUUGAUCUGGGUAAUCAAGUUCAACAAGAGACAAAGAACGGCUCUCGCAGUCAUCCUCUCUAUCGGCGUCAUCCCAGUCGUAGCAAGCACCAUGCGCCUCUGCGAGAUUGUCAUGUCCGACAGCCCCAUCAGACCAGGAAGUACUUGGCAGGAAGUCGAUUUUAGCUGGGGCUGGUCAUGGGUCCCAGUAUGGUCUCAGAUCGAAGUCGACAUCGGUAUUCUCGCCGCCUCUCUCCCCUCCCUCUCCCCUCUACUCAAACAAGUCUUCCACUGUCCUCACCGAACCGCCACACCCUCUGAAGUACCCACCAUACCAGGAUACCGCGGGAGUUGGGGAGAGAAGAACUUGGUCAGCAUCGAUGACGAUGACGAUCUCGAAAAGGGAAAGGAUGGCGCGUUUGACUUCGAUGGCGAGAGGAGAUUGACGGUCACUGAGAUCGAGAUGGGAAAGGUUAUGGAUAUGGAGAACAGCUACUUCGAUGAUAGCGCGUCGGAUGUGGAGCAAAGGGAGUCAGUCUACCCGGAAUCGGUGGGUAGGCCUAGUAUUGGGGUUGCGAGGACAGCGGAUGUGCAUGUUUUGUAUAGAACGGGUGUGCCGAGGAUAGUAGAGUAUAAGAAAUUAUGA